GAAGUGUCUUUAAAGGUGUAUUUUGUACUGCAUAUAGUUUAUGACAACGAUUUGUCAUUUUUACAGAAUUGUGAGAUUUGCUUUCCGCUUUGCGGGAGUUGGGGAGUUGUGUAGUGUUCUAAAAAACAAAUUACAUUAUAACUUUUUAAUAUUAAUAAAAUAAAUUAAAAACUAAAUAAAAUGGACGACAAAGGACGGAAAGUUAUCGUUUGCGACAACGGUACCGGCUUUGUGAAAUGUGGCUUCGCUGGUAGCAAUUUUCCGGCAUUUAUAUUCCCUUCCAUGGUCGGCAGGCCGAUCAUACGCGCUGAAAACAAAAUAGGAGAUAUUGAUGUUAAGGACUUGAUGGUGGGCGAUGAAGCAUCCAAACUGCGAUCCAUGCUUGAAGUUAGCUACCCUAUGGAGAAUGGGGUCGUACGUAAUUGGGAGGACAUGUGCCACGUGUGGGACUACACAUUCGGUCCGAGCAAGAUGAACGUAGAUCCGAAAGAGACGAAGAUUUUGCUCACCGAACCCCCGAUGAAUCCAACUAAGAAUCGAGAGAAAAUGAUCGAGGUGAUGUUUGAAAAGUAUGAGUUCGACAGCGCUUACGUCGCGAUACAAGCUGUGCUCACGUUGUACGCUCAGGGACUGAUAUCGGGAGUGGUCGUGGACUCGGGAGACGGUGUGACGCACAUUUGUCCCGUGUAUGAAGAGUUUGCGCUGCCUCAUCUCACCAGGAGGCUGGACAUAGCCGGGCGAGAUAUCACGAGGUAUCUCAUCAAAUUGCUUCUGCUCCGAGGGUAUGCUUUCAAUCAUUCCGCUGACUUCGAGACGGUGAGGAUGAUGAAGGAAAAGCUCUGCUACAUCGGGUACAACAUUGAGCAGGAGCAACGGCUGGCGCUGGAGACCACCGUGCUGGUGGAGCCCUACACGUUGCCGGACGGUCGAGUGAUCAAGGUGGGGGGCGAGAGGUUUGAGGCGCCCGAGGCUCUGUUCCAGCCGCACCUCAUCAACGUGGAGGGGCAGGGCAUCGCGGAGCUGGUCUUCAACACCAUACAGGCGGCCGACAUAGACAUGCGCAACGAGCUGUACAAGCACAUCGUGCUGUCCGGGGGCUCCACCAUGUACCCGGGCCUCCCGUCGCGGCUCGAGCGCGAGAUCAAGCAGCUGUAUCUGGAGCGGGUGCUGCGGAACGAAUGCGAUAAGCUAUCGAAAUUUAAGAUCAGAGUGGAAGAUCCUCCCCGGCGCAAGGACAUGGUGUUCAUCGGAGGCGCCGUCCUGGCCGAGGUCUGCAAGAACAGGGACAACUUCUGGCUCUCCAGGAACGAGUACCUCGAGCAGGGACUGUCCUGUCUCAGGAAGCUGGGUCCGCGGGCGAGUUAAGUCACAACGUAUUUUUCCACACAUUGAAUUGACAACAUGGAGAACGCUUGGCGCACGACGACCUAUACAGAUAUCGAUAGAGUAAUAGCUGGCAUUAAAACCGGUGACAAGUUUAUUGACAGUGGCCAUAACGUCCUGGCACACGCUCGCCCGGGUGUAGUGCGCGCUGACAUUCACAUUGGCAACCGCUUUCCCGCAAUCGGUGGUCUUUGUUCAAGGUCUUCAAUCGGACUUCAGCAUCAGCGCGUUAGCUGGUGCCUACACACCGCACUGACCCUCGAAUUAUCCUGAAUGUUCGCGAACAGUCCGGGCGUUAGUUGUUUGUUAGCGCCGCUAUUCGCCAAGAGAUGGCGUUAGUUGUCGCCAGCAGUAAAGUACAGUACCCGACGUUAAAUGUCGCACAUCGACCUUUGUAAAGAAACGAUUUACUACGAUACAACCUAUAUGACGUUACUUAGUUUAUACUAGUGGUCCCGCAGUAGUCGAAAUUCGACUAUAAUUAUUUGAAAUUGUAAGUUUGUACACUAUUAUGAUUAUAUUUUCAAAGACUAUUAUACUUCUAUAAUCACAGAUUUCGCCUAGACUACACUAUAGAAAAAUAUUAAUAAAGACAAACAAUAUUUAAUAUAUUCUCAAUUUGACCACAGACGUCAAGAACAAAAGUUUGACAAUAAAUAAAUAGUAUGCAUUUUUGUGAUUUUGUAGUGCUUACUACAGUUCUGUCGUCCUUUUUUAUUUUUCUAUCUUAUUCUAAUAACUUUCAGCGCCUUUUUUAAAAUUAACCCUGUUGCUACUGUAGCGCCACCCUUAUUUAGCACAUUUCAAAGGACACUUUUUCGCACACAGAGACGGUUCUCCUUCCUCUACCCUCCAUAUCGACUAUAUUUACAACAUUUGCUGGUAACACUGAAUUAUGUGUCAAAUGUCACUUACUUGUCAUUGAAUUAAUUGGAUAGGCCACUCUAAAGUGUUACAGGUAAUGUCGUACGUACAGACUUCCAUUUUGUUCAUUCAAUGUGUAUAAAAUAUUAUUCCAUUAUAGUG